AUGCGGGACCCGCGGGGCGCCAAGCCGCCCCUGGACCCGGUACGCCUUGUGCUGCCCGUGCUUGUGCUGCCUGUGCCUGUUGCUGCCCGUGCCUGUUGCUGCCCGUGCGUGUGCUGCCCGUGCCUGUGCUGCCCGUGCCUGUGCUGCCCGUGCCUGUGCUGCCCGUGCCUGUGCUGCCCGUGCCUGUUGCUGCCCGUGCCUGUGCUGCCCGUGCCUGUUGCUGCCCGUGCCUGUGCUGCCCGUGCCUGUGCUGCCCGUGCCUGUGCUGCCCGUGCCUGUGCUGCCCGUGCCUGUGCUGCCCGUGCCUGUUGCUGCCCGUGCCUGUGCUGCCCGUGCCUGUGCUGCCCGUGCCUGUGCUGCCCGUGCCUGUUGCUGCCCGUGCCUGUGCUGCCCGUGCCUGUGCUGCCCGUGCCUGUGCUGCCCGUGCCUGUGCUGCCUGUGCCUGUUGCUGCCCGUGCCUGUGCUGCCCGUGCCUGUGCUGCCCGUGCCUGUGCUGCCCGUGCCUGUUGCUGCCCGUGCCUGUGCUGCCCGUGCCUGUGCUGCCCGUGCCUGUGCUGCCCGUGCCUGUUGCUGCCCGUGCCUGUGCUGCCCGUGUCUGUGCUGCCCGUGCCUGUGCUGCCCGUGCCUGUGCUGCCUGUGCCUGUUGCUGCUCGUGCCUGUGCUGCCCGUGCCUGUGCUGCCCGUGCCUGUUGCUGCCCGUGCCUGUGCUGCCCGUGCCUGUUGCUGCCCGUGCCUGUGCUGCCCGUGCCUGUGCUGCCCGUGCCUGUGCUGCCCGUGCCCGUGCUGCCCGUGUCUGUUGCUGCCCGGGUGUAG